GAAUGGUUCAACCCGAGGCAGGGCUCUGCCGCCGGGGGCCGCCAUUUUGUCAGCAGCGGCUGCAGGAGAGGAAGGUGGAGGCACCCGGAGGCCCCUCGCCCCAUUAAAAUCCAGCAAAGAUGUCUGAAUACAUCCGUGUUACAGAGGAUGAGAAUGAUGAGCCCAUUGAGAUCCCUUCAGAGGAUGAUGGCACUGUGCUGCUAUCCACAGUAACUGCCCAGUUCCCGGGAGCAUGUGGCCUGCGUUACAGGAACCCAGUGUCUCAGUGUAUGAGAGGAGUCCGGCUAGUAGAAGGAAUUCUGCAUGCUCCAGAUGCUGGCUGGGGAAAUCUGGUCUAUGUUGUUAAUUAUCCCAAAGAUAACAAGAGGAAAAUGGAUGAAACAGAUGCCUCAUCAGCUGUAAAAGUAAAACGAGCAGUACAAAAGACAUCUGAUUUAAUAGUUUUGGGUCUUCCCUGGAAAACCACUGAACAAGAUCUAAAGGAAUAUUUCAGUACAUUUGGAGAAGUUCUCAUGGUGCAGGUUAAGAAAGACAUUAAGACUGGUCACUCAAAGGGAUUUGGUUUUGUUCGAUUUACGGAGUAUGAAACCCAGGUGAAAGUGAUGUCUCAACGGCACAUGAUAGAUGGAAGAUGGUGUGACUGUAAACUACCUAAUUCUAAGCAAAGUCCUGAUGAACCUUUGCGCAGCAGAAAGGUGUUCGUUGGGCGCUGCACUGAGGAUAUGACUGCAGAUGAGCUCCGGCAGUUCUUUUCUCAGUAUGGAGAGGUGGUAGAUGUCUUCAUCCCCAAACCCUUCAGAGCUUUUGCCUUUGUUACAUUUGCAGAUGAUCAGGUUGCCCAGUCUCUUUGUGGAGAGGACUUGAUCAUUAAAGGAAUCAGCGUACAUAUAUCCAAUGCUGAACCUAAGCACAAUAGCAAUAGACAGUUAGAAAGAGGUGGAAGAUUUGGUGGUAAUCCAGGAGGCUUUGGGAAUCAGGGUGGAUUUGGUAAUAGCAGGGGGGGAGGAGGUGGUUUGGGAAACAACCAGGGCAGUAAUAUGGGUGGAGGGAUGAAUUUUGGAGCAUUUAGUAUCAAUCCUGCAAUGAUGGCGGCAGCCCAGGCAGCGUUGCAGAGCAGUUGGGGAAUGAUGGGCAUGUUAGCUAGUCAACAGAACCAGUCUGGGCCAUCAGGAAACAACCAGCCUCAAGGCAACAUGCAAAGGGAGCAGAACCAGGGUUUUAGUUCAGGAAGUAAUUCUUACGGAGGAUCUAACUCUGGAGCAGCAAUAGGUUGGGGGUCAGCAUCAAAUGCAGGAUCAAGCAGUGGGUUUAAUGGAGGCUUUGGUUCAAGUAUGGAUUCCAAAUCGUCAGGCUGGGGAAUGUAGACGGUGGGCUCUGAUAUUGACUCUAUGGUGGGAAAUCAAAUUUUUCUAAACUCAUGGUAAGUAUAUUGUAAAUUGCAUAUAUACUAAAAUUUUCCUGAUCAAUUUGUUCAAUGUGCAGUAUAUUCAACAGUAUUUUUGACAUUUUUCUUUUGUAAAAAGAAAGGUUAAAGGAAUUUUAUAAGUUUUGUUACAUAAUUUGUUGGAAUAUUGAAUGGUUGAAAGUGAACUGCUGUUUGCCUGAUGGGUAAACUAACACACUACAAUUGAGAGGAAGGAUUUUUCCUGUAAUAUUUUAUUCCUUGUUUCCUUGUCAGCUUAAUUCUUUGCAUGUUCAAAAAGGAAACCAUUGGUCAGAAACUACAUUCUUUCUUUUCCUCUUGUUUGUUUUAAUUUGAUCCCCACCAUAAGAAUCUCUCCAAAUGCCCCAGUUGGAGAACACAGUGUCAGUGUUGUUGGUUUUUGUUUUUGUUUUCCUUUUAACACUGUCUCCCCUCAUAUACUAAGUACAAUAUGAAGGCUUCAUUUAACCUCUGCAGUUCAUCUCAUUUCAAUGUGUAUGGAAGAAGCACUUAAUUGAAAGCAGUGCUGUAAAUAUUCUGCUUUAGGAAUACUUCUGUCUACAUGCUUUCUCAUCCAAGAAUACUUCAUCACACUGCACAUGCUACGUCUUAGACGGUGGGUGUUCCAUUUUUAUCCGCUACUCUUUAUUUCAUGGAGUCGUAUCAACGCUAUGAACGCAAGGCUGUGAGAUGGAACCAGAAGGCUGUUUGAACUUUUGAAACCUUGUGUGGGAUUGAUGGUGUUGCCGAGGCAUGAGAGGGCUGGUAUGUGCGAGAAAAAGGAGAGAGCGCAUGCAGAGACCUGGUGGUGCAUUAUGGGAUUUUAUUUUACUUGGCGAGAUGUCUCUCAAUCCUGUGGCUUUGGUGAGAGAGUGUGCAGAGAGCAAUGAUAGCAAAUAAAGUACGAGUGUUUCUUGCAUUCAAAGGACAUCCAUAUCUGGAAGACUAAAUGGGUGUUAUACCUAGUUAACCAAUUAGUUGAAUGUGUUAAGUGAAAUGAAUAUCUGUAUUUUUUUUUUCCCUUAUGUCAACUGCUGUGAAUGUUGUAUGGUGUGUGUUCUUUUCUGUUAAUGAUAUGUAAGUGUGGUAAUGUGAAUUGAAGAUGAUGGGGUUUGUGACGAGAACAUUGAGUUUGUGGUGUGCUUUGCGGUAGUUGUAGCAGAGUUCACUAGCGAGCUCAGUGUGCCUCUUAAGGGUGGAAGUUCCACUGUCUGUAAGAUAUCCAUAAGAAUGCUGUUUGCUGCAGUUCUGUGUUUGGAUGCUUUUUAUAAGAUUUGUCAAUGUAGGAAAUUCUUAAAUAAAACUGAUUUAAGUAA